GCAAGACCGAGCAGACCAAGCAGAGUAAAGAAUCGAAUAGUGGGGGGGCAACGCCGUCAUGGCUGACAUGUGUGGAUUGUGUGGCCUGCAGGCGACGAGGUGAACAGGCGCGAGUGUUCCAGGUUCGUCCGCGUUGAAAACGCGCGUUUCUUAAGUGAAUAUGGAGAGAAAUGGGCCGGGGAUUGAAGGUGGAAGUCGCUAGCGACCGAAAGGCUGCCAGCCAGGGAGACAGAUGGGCGAAAUCUAACAGGAUGGAGCCCAGGGUGUGGAGGACUCGGCUCCGCGGCGUCGCGGGCAUCUGCCUGGUCUUGGCAUUGACGGGUAUCGUGUAUUUGGGAUAUUUCUGCCCCGACCACGUUUGUGCCUUGACCAACCGUGAUCUCAAGGAGUCCACGCGUCUCUCUGAGGGUUUCACAUCCGGGGUUGUCGACAGGAACUUCCAGGGUCACCCCUCUUUCAAACUUCAGAGCAUUCAGGGCAGUCUCGCCUACGAGGAUGUCAUCAACGACACGUUUCAAUUCGACAUCAAUGCCCACGAUGUUAUGGUCUUUUUACACAUACAGAAAACCGGAGGUACAUUAUUUGGUAAACACCUGGUGCGCGAUUUGGAUCUGCAAAGACCGUGCUCGUGUCAUAGACGGCGAAAACGUUGCUCCUGUUUUCGUCCAAACCGGAACGAGAAUUGGUUAUUUUCUCGGUAUUCAACAGGCUGGAAGUGUGGCCUACAUGCGGAUUGGACAGAACUGACGAAUUGCGUUGAUUCAGAAUUAAAUAAGAUAGAACCGGCAGGAGUGAGGAGAAGAUAUUUUUACAUAACAAUUAUCAGAGAUCCAGUAGCAAGAUAUUUGUCGGAGUUCAGACAUGUGCAACGAGGUGCCACGUGGCGAGGAGCGAGACAUUGGUGUGGGGGCACUCAGGCCAAUAUACCUCAAUGUUAUUCAGAGCCAAAUUGGCAAGGAGUUACGUUAGAAGAGUUCAUGCAGUGUCCUCACAACUUGGCAAGCAAUCGUCAGACUCGGAUGCUUGCUGAUCUGUCCAUCGUAGGAUGCUACAACUCGACACUAAAUCGAACGGAGAGAGAUCGUCUCAUGCUUGAAAGUGCCCAGCGUAAUUUAUUAUCCAUGCCGUUCUUCAUGCUUACUGAGUACCAAAAGGUUGGGCAGUAUUCGUUUGAGGAAACAUUUGGCAUGCGAUUUGCAGUAGCGUUUAAGCAACACAAUGCAACACUAAGUGCGGCAACAAGGGCGACGCUUAGUAAAGAGCAGCUUGAUGCUGUGGAACGGCUCAACGGGCUGGACCUGAAGCUGUAUAAAUUUGCAAAGACACAUAUGUUUCAACGUUACACGAUGAUUAGGGAUCGUGAUCCACAUUUUGUUGACAGGUUUAAACAUUUGGGCGAAUUGUUGUCGCGACCAAGUGUCACAGAGUUCAACUGGGAUUCUGUUAUUGAAGAUACAACAGAUAACGACUAGUAUUAAUGUAAAUAAGAUAACAUUUCGAAAUUUCCCCCUAUUAUCGUCUGAGCAAUUUAUGUUGUUCGGUUGAUUACCCAGUGAUUGUAAAAUAGCACUUAAUUACGCUAAACGAAAAGUGCUUAUUAAUCUGAACUGUAACUAUGACCAAAUUAUAUGCGCAAAAUCAAUUUACUUACAGAAAUAUGUCUGAUUUUAUUAGGUGCACACAUUUUUUUUGUUUGCUAAAUUUUUUACCCUUACUGUAUUAGAGAAUUUGUUGUAAAGUUUACCUUUACAUAUAGUUAAAACUCAAAGAAAUGCGCAUUGAGUGACGCUGAUAAAACUACCAGCACUCCUCCUUAUUUAUUUUUCGUUUUUUUUUUUUAAGCUUUUGCAACAACUUAUUUUAUACAAUACUGUGUUUUUAAAUCAUAUAAUAUACUUUUAUGCCGCUAUUUUGAACUUGACAUAAUUAACUAGGAUCGAAUGACUGAAACUCUAUGCUGUGUAAAUUUCACGACUGUUCAAUUUGUUUCACCUUGACAAGCUUUAACGGGAAGUUAGUAUAUUUAAAUACGGCUGCUAUACACUUGAAACGAAAAUACGAGUUGCUUUCCCAUUGGUCAAUUAGUUGGUACAUUGAAACAUUUGAAUAUCGUCAAAGUACAUGAAACAAAUAGUAAGAAAAGGUUGUCGAAAUUUCAUCCAAUUUUCUUUUUUUUCAAACCAACUGUAAAAGCAUUCAUUUGUUGUUCCUAAAACUAAGUUUUUGUAAAAUCUUGAUCUCUGGCUCAGAAUAUGAAAGAAAAACAAGUUUUAAAUAUUAGAUUUUCACGAUUAGCUUAUUCGAUAAUAUGCAGGAAUCGGAGAUUGGAUGUCAGUAGGAAGUCAUUUCUAUAGUCUUAUGGAAAUCUCAAAUCAGUAUGCAACCCACAGUGAGUAACAGGAAGGUUGAAACAUAAAAACUUGAACCUGACUCGAUUUCAGAAUCAUUGUAUUCAAUAUGAUCAUCUUAUCCUUUUUUUUAGUUUUUGUUUCUUUAACAUGUUGAAUCGAAAUCGUAUAUAGAGUUGACAUUUUAUUUUGUAUAUAUAUAUAUUAAGAUUGUAUAUUUUUAAAUAAAUAAUUUGCAUUGCUGUUUCAAACAAAGCAGUAUUAGGUUUAAUAGAGAGAGUCUCGAGCGUUCAGGCUGUCUGUGAUAAAUUUUUCUUGCCUUAUCGCGUUUUCAGAAACAUUCACUAAUUUUUUUUCCCUUAUUAUCCUUUAUUACUUUUUCUACUUUACGAUCAACUCCAUUUAAUACUGAAGUCUUGCACAUGCAUUUCUCUGUAUCAAGUUGAGCACACUUACGAAAGUGUAAAUUCUUUACCACAGGGUAGAAAACACCAGUGAAUUACAUAAAUGAUACGUAUUUAAGCUUUAUUAUUCCAAAGAGAUUGUACAUAAUAAUAUCUUCAUGUGUGAAUGUUCUAAAAUGCGAUAACACGCUGUAAAAUUUAUGCACAUAUGUAUUUAGGUUCAACAUUUUUCAGUGUAGAUUAUUAUUUUCUGAUAAAUUCUUUAUAAUACGGAUUAUUAUUAGUAAAUUAUCAGUAACCAUUCAUCCAAGAUAAUCGGAUGUAGAUUAACUUUGGAAAGGAAUACGAAAAUCAGUUGAAAGGCAAUGUACACAGAUUGGAGUCAAUAUUAUAUAGCGUUACGUCGGAAUUCGUGGAUCGUUCAUAUCAUUAUACUUUCAUUUUAGAUAAUGGUAAGCCGAAAUAGUGAUAAAUGUAAUUAAAAGAUGAGUAAGUAAUUAGUAUCAUGUGUACGCAUUUUGUCUUAUGUUGUAUAUAAGAAUUAGCGACCUGUGAAUUGUCAGUAUCCUUAAAAUAUGUAGAUAAAAACCUUUGAUUAUUAUAGUUUCGAGGAAUCUUUCGUUUCCAUAAAUUUUAUAACAAAUUGCAUUAUAGGCUAGUACAUUACGUAAAAAUGUUGAACUUUC